AUGGCGGCCUUGGGCGUGAGUAUGUUGGAUCAGCAGUUGCAGCAGCAACAACAGAGUGGCAGCGAUAUGACCAUUGUCAAUCGAGGAGACUUGGACAAGUGUAUUUGCACCAUUACACAGAAAAUCGAUGAGCUCAAGAGCCAGAUUUACGAGUCCAUCUCGGCGCACCAUGAUAAGUUUACGGCAACUUUCGAGUCGCAAGAGGAGAUUCAGGACCGUCUUGCCGUCCUGGAUGACCGCAUUGCAACGCUCACCUCCAGCGUGCAAAGCUCACAACUCAAGGAGCUGGUCAGCGAUGUGCGUGAGCAACGCGUGCUGGCUACGCAGCUCAAAACCACCAUACGUACCAUCAAUGCUUUGAAGAGUUUGUCACAGGUUGAUAAUCAGCUCAAUCGCUUCGAGGAGCAGAUGGAGCAAGGUCAUCUUUACGAGGCAGCCCUGCUCAGUCAAGCCAUGGACAAAGCAUUGAGCGACGAGAAUGUGGCUGAUGAGCAAAUCUGCAACGCCACCAUAUUUCGCCUUCUCAAGAGCGAAGGCCGAAACCGCCGCGCUCACCUCGCCAGCCAACUGGAUGACAUGUGGCGCCGUGCCAUCGUCUUUCAUCAGACUGACGCGGGAGGCUUGCCAGCAAGCAGCAUUCAUUUGGCCAAGGAGGUUCUUUCUGCCAGCUCCUCUGUGACUGUUUCUCUCUUCGAGGUGUUGCGCGCCUUUGAUGCCCUGGAGGUUUUAGGCAGCAAGCUGGAGCUCCUAGGCUCUUUGUUUGUUCGCGACGUCGUUGCACCUCUUAUGCGCCAUCCCUCGGCUACGCUCAGCAUCAAAUCACAGCAUCAAAGUCUACACUUAACUUGGACGGCUCGUCCAAGUGGUGCUGCUGCCAAAGGCAAACGGUCCGCGGCCGGUCGUGCCAAAAUCCGAGUCAAGGAUAUGACCGACGGCCUGGGUGUGCUCAAGCAAAUCUUUGAGACCUUCCAGCAACAAAUAUUCGCCUCGGCGGGUGGCGAUGCAGACGAAAAGGCGACAGCCCAAAUCACUGCAGCCUUUGGCCUGGCCCUCUAUCGUGCUGGAGCCCCGUGCAUUGUUCAAGACGGCAUUGCAAGCCUUGUGCCCCUUGCUGAUGCGGAAACCUCGGCCUUUGAGGCUCUCAAGGAAGAAGUUGACGCCAUGGAGGCAUCAUUGCAAGACACUUUUGGGCUGCAGACAGAGGAAGUCAGCCAAUUGCGCGACUACGUGCGCGAUCACAUCAACCUGACUGCCAAUCGUCAGCGCAUGGUAUGUACCAGCAAGCACACCGGGUCAUGUGGCCUCGUGUGCUGGUCUUGCGAGGCUCUGCACUGUUUCGGCUCCGUGCGAGACGUUUUUGAUCUGUUUCGAGCGGUUGUGCCUGCACACUCCAAGGCAGCCAUGGAUAGCGUGCCCCAGCCAGCUGUGAUCUUUUACAACGAUUGUAAUUACAUCGCUUACCAUCUGACAGCCAUGUCCCACUUGUACAAGCAAUACUUGCCCACAGAUACCGUUCAAUUGGCAACUUUUGUCGAUCUGGUUCCCGUUUUCCGAUUGAUGGGCGAGCAAUUCUUGACCCGCAUGCUCAACGCGCAACACGAGCAGAUUAUGAGCAGCUUCGACGGUCUCAAUGGAUUUUCAGGCUUGGAGGAGCCGCGCGCCUACGAGAAAGUUGACAAUGCCAUUAGUCAAGCUCUGCAUCAGCUUACGGUGCUUUCAAAGAUUUGGAAGGAACACCGCCAAGGCUUACCAGCGCGAUGGGUGAUGAACAAUGGGCAGGGGCUCAUGACCGCCGAGCUGUACGAGUCGACCAUGGGAGCAUUGGAAAUCAUUGCGUUACGCGAUAUUUCCGUGGAGGAAUCAGAGCUGCUGCAUGACCUGCUGCGCUCGCCUGCCGAUGCCGUGUGCUUACUCUUGGAGGGUGCUGGUCAAGACUUGGCCAGCGCGGUGACUGCAUGGGCUAAGUUUACUCAGCUCCAAGAAAUUUUGAACGCGCGGCUCAGUGAAAUCGCCGAGAAGCAUCAGCGUCACGAAUGGCUCUUCUCGGGUGACGAGCUGCGGAGCUUGGUUCGCGCUCUUUUCUCAGAGUCUGAGAAGCGGACGGCUUUGUUGCAGACAAUCGAGUAGAGAGGCCAUAUGUUCGGUGAAUACGAUGGCCAAAUCUAGUCCAUGUGCCAAUUUCACUGCCAGCCGGCCUACCUUGGAAACAAGAGCCUCUGUUUGUUACACGUGUGUGUGUGUUUGAUGCGCAUUGCUUGCUGUUCAAAGAUAAAAUUUUUGUUCCUUUUUUUUUCUCCAAUACGAUCGUAUCGUUUCCAUCUUUUGUGUUUUCUUCGCUGCCGCCCAUCUGUACAAGAAAAUAGAAUAACAUUGAGC